AUGACAACUGAUGGAGGUGAGCGACAGAUGUAUUGUGGGGCCCUUUUUAGCCCGUUUUGAACGGGUGAGAGAUAUGAAAUAAACCCUUCCUCUGGCGUGCUUUGACAUCAACGAUUAAUCGGAAUACUAUUGUUUGAGUAUCUUAAACCAAACGACAUAGUUCUCAGACGAACGAUUUGUAGCAAGCGCCAGGGAAAAGAAAUGUACCGGCUUCCGUUUGCCUCUCAACUACCUCUCAAAUACCUCUGUGCAGUAAGCGAAUCGAUCGAAAAAAAAUCGUAUUUUAUAUCUCCAGUCUACAUCUAAGCAUAUCCUUGCUCGAUAAAAAUAUAUCUCAAUUGUUCAAGACCAGAGGCGUACACAUUCUUUUGAAAAGCUAAGUUGUAUUCCUUUGCUGUUUCAGGAGGCUGGCUUCUCGUUUCCAACCUUGUGAUGGCCAACUCAAGUCGGUCCGUUCCGUUGUUGGUUGAGUGGUCGUACCAUGCUAUCAGCCAAUAUCACAGGAACAACAUGUUUCUGACCAAAACGGCCAUGAAUGAGCUCAGAACGUACUUGAAUUUUACUCAGCUGAGAUUCCAUUGCAGCAAACGAUUGAAGCGUACGUUCCACGUGACCACAGCCGCCAAUAGCAUCGGAGAAGCUGUGGUCCAGUACUUCAGCGGUCAGACAGAUGCGCAACCAUACUCGUGUGAAUCUUUUGUCAGAAUGGAAGACGACAACUCAAAAUUAGCCAAGGUCUGCCAAGAGUGGGGGUCCGACUCUUCAAAGCGCAACGUUAGUAAAUGGAGCUUUGCUCAUCGCAAUGACGACAGAUUGUACAAUCAUGCUGUGAUUGUCUGGUAUGCCUAUCACUGGAAUAUUCAGCCACAACAUGGUCGAUUUGACUGCGACGAUUUUGCACAUACAGUAUCUGCCGGUGAUUUCUGGAAAAUUUUUGUACGUUAGAAAUUUUGUGCAUAUUAUCUGUAUUCAGAAGUCUUGUUUCAAAGUAUUUAAUCUUACUUAACAUCGCUGUACAGCAGUGUUCAAUUGAGUAUUGCUUUGGUUUUACUUUACUUCGCUCUGUGAUUGGUCCGGAAAACUGGCGCCACCAUCUCAACCAAUCAAAUGCAAAACUAAAACUAACCCCAACUAGGUAACUAGCGUUUUCCCGCACCUCCUACAGGUUACCUGCUUUUACUUCGAGUUCUCAUUGGUUAAUGAUGAUGUUGGCCUUUGUUCUGAUUGAUAGUUGUGGUUACGUUGGUUUUGGUUCUUUUGGCUGCUCUGUUAGUCAUAAGAAUUUGCGUUAACCUCACUGAGUUUUUAAAGUUUCCCCCGUUUAUUAGCUUUGCCAAAAAUACAUGUAAUGUAGAACAUGGGUAAAUAACAAUAACAAUAAGGGGCAGGCAAAAAAAAACAGCGAUAGCCAAUUACUGUGGUCCCAGGAGUAUUAAAAUAGUAAAACGAUUACAUCAGUAACUAAUAAUUGAGAACAGCAUAGAGUUGGUGUUGUUUUCAGGCUGCGACAUGAAUUACAUUUUGUAAUGUUUUUUUUAUAAGUCCUGGGAUUGUCAAUGUCAAAGAUCUCUUGGAGUGCAGUUAAAUAAUAACACAUCAAAGCACGUUUGAAGUCAUUUACAUUGUUCAAACUUAGGUUAAGCUCGUCUGACAGUGUGUUCCAGAUUCUUAUAGUUCGUACAAUAAAUGACCGUUAAAAGGUUGAAGUCUUGCAUUUAGGUACAGAGUAUUUGGUAACAGCUGUAUUGGCAGACGAUCGUGUUUGUCUUGUAGAAAGAGCAAUAGGAACACUUGUAGGGUCUAUAUCCACCAGUAUGGGUAAUCUUAAAGAACAGUAACAUAUCUAAGCACUCAUGCCAGUAGCUGAUAGAUAAUAAGGAAAAGGUUUUUAGCCGUUGUUCAUAACUCUGAUGGCACGAGAAUGGUAGUUUCACGAUAUAUUUUGUAGCCCGUCUUUAUAUCUUUUCUAGAUUUGAGAUAAAAUAAAUAGAUUGUGGCGCCCAACCUUGUGUAGCAUAGCCCAGAUGCGGUCUAACGAUGAUUAAAUCGAUUAAUCUUCUUACAAUAGUACUUUGCAUAUGACGCGCGUUUCUUUUAACAAACCCAAGCAUCUUGUUCGCGCGCGAGCAUUGCUCUGAGACUCGGCGAUUCCAGGUUAGGCCAGUUAAAAAACCCAGACACUAAGAUCACGUUCGUAACUUGUUUUCUCCAACAUAGCACCAUUCAUAUCAUAUUCAUAGUUUCUCAGUUGCCGUUCUGAGUUUGCUGGCGAACACCAUGCGUCGCGUUUCUUUGCAGCAAAUACUCAUCCAGUUUAUUUCGAUGUAUUUACUAUAAACGGGGUACAGGUGGCUUUGAUUGUCGUCCUCCGAACCUUUGUUGGUGAUCCCCUGUUAAAAUCCUCCCCUCCCCCCCCCCAGGCGAUAAAAAUGGCUGGUCUUAGUCUCGUAUCCAGAUCUUUUACGGUUGUAGUUACAGUUACACGGUGGGAUCUGGGUACGAGAUUGGUCCCCAAAGACUGAGGUCUACUGAGGCCCAAAAAACCCAUAAUACUUUUAUUCAAUCAUUACAGUACGUGACCUCAGAGAAAUUAGUACAUUAUAAGCAUUAUAAAUAGAAAAUUGUUGUUUUUAAAGCUGGGUAAUUCAAACAUUGAAAAGCUAUAUAUGCAACAAAUGAAUUGAUCACUAAGGAUUUUAAUACAAGAAAAGCUAACGAGACUGACGAGCUGUAAAUCUUUCAUUUACUCCUAUUUUAUAGACAGUAAAACAAAAAGUUUUAUCCACAUUUGUUUUUUGUGAAAACGGCGUACCCCUAACAUAACAUAAAGCAUUAGAAAGUUUAGCUCUAUAACACUUACAACAGUGCAAAUGAAGUGCUCAUACAAGAAGGCCAUCUGAGGGAAAGUAUGACACCUUGUAUGAAGUGGACUCUACCCAGAGUGCUUUCUGAGAUCAUUCCCUAAAAAAAUGGUAUUAAAUGGACCCUGAGACCAAAUUGAGCCUGUGUUUGAACACAAAACCCGUCCGGCUUAAAAGAAAAGUUUAAAGACUUGCUGUAUAUAGAGUUUUUGAAUUGCAGGAAAACUGAACAGUUUUAAAACCAUCAUAAUUUCACGAUUCUAAUUGUUGAUAAGAUGUGACGAUAAGGUCUCCCCAGUGAUCCUGACAAAACACACUUACUUUGCCUCCAUCUACACCUGCUAUUAUAAUUCUCCUAAAUUAAAAUGUCGUAAUUGUUUCUUGCUUGAAAGGUUUCGCUAUACGUAAUGUGUUUUUGACAGAACUGUAAGACCUGACUAUAAGGUGUUGUCAGGGCUAGGUUGUUUGGGUUUAUCGUUGAGACUCGUUGGGGAACACGCUUGUUUUCUUGCUUGCAUUUACGAAUUCAGCUCAUGUAGAAACUAUGAAGGGCAUACAGGCGUCGUUUUUCAUUCUACUCGAAGCCCUUGUUGUCGUGACAGGAUUUUCUCACUCCGCAUAUUUCACAACACGAGAAAAUAAGCGCCUCAUAGGUCAUCGUAUUAAACAAGUCGAUUCUAUCAGUUUGAAGUCGUGCAGCCAGUUUUGCUUGAGACAUCCAUGGUGCACUUCAACAAACUUCCAAAUAUCAACCAAGAUGAACGGCAAAGAAACUUGUGAAUUGAACAUGCACGGAGUUAUCGACGAAAACAAUGAUCAUUUCCAUGAUCAAGAAGGAGUAACUUUCUCUCUGAUGUUAAAGGUAAAUAUUGUUUCGCCAAUGAAAUAGGCAUUACAGCCAGCACAUACAAACUUAUAGACCACACGUGAACGGAGCCUUUCAGGGCCAAGGUCUUUCACAUUAAAACCACGCAUCUUUCCAGGCGUGUUAUAAUUAGAGAGUACAAUAGCCAGUAACAGGGCCUCCUACAUUUUCAAACAUCUGCAAGAUUCUGAACAUUGUCGUGCUUUGUGUUCAACAGAUAGCUUCCACAUUUUGGAUCACGCCUCUCCCGGUUUUUAACUCAAGAUAAAAGAGGCUAUUCAGAUUCAAAGAGAACAACCCUCUUUGAAUCAACAAUUACACCUUGUAAAUCUAAAACUAUCCUUUUAAUCCUCACACUUUCAAGCUUUGCCUCUAUUCUUGUUGUCAACAUUUAUCAUAAUUAGCAUUUUUCUACUUAUUAUAAAUUCAACUUCCAACGCCUUGUCCAUUAAUUAACUGAAGAUGACAGAAGUUUCUGUUGAAACAUGUUUUACAAACUUAAAAGUUUUGCCGUUUUCUUCAAAUUCUUGAAGUAGUAAUUGGUUAUAAAAAUGUUUCCUCAGUGAAAUGUGGUGCCUUGGACAGUUAUAAAAUUAAUAAUCCAUGUAUCAGUUGCUUGGGCUUACCUUGAGCCUUGAGUGAAUGGAGCCUUUCAGGACCAGGGUCUUUCACACUAAAACAACGCAUCUAAAACAAAUAAAGCACUAAACAACGCAUCUUUCCAGGCGUGUUAUAAUUAGAGAGCACUUAGCCAGUGACAGGGCCUCCCACAUUUUCAAACAUCUGCAAGAUUCUGAACAUUGUCGCGCUUUGUGUUCAGCAGAUAGCUUCCACGGUUUGGAUCACGCCUCUACCGGUUUCUAACUCAAGAUAAAAGAGGCUAUUCAGAUUCAAAGAGAACAACCGUCUUUGAAUCAACAAUUACACCAUGUAAAUCUUAAACUAUCCUUUUAAUCCUCACACUUUCAUGCUUUGCCUCUAUUCUUGUUGUCAACAUUUAUCAUAAUUAGCAUUCUUCUACUUAAUAUAAAUUCAACUUCCAACGCUUUGUCCAUUCAUUAACGGAAGAUGACAGAAGUUUCUGUCGAAUUAUGUUUCACAAACUUAAAGUUUUGUCGUUUUCUUCAAAUUUUCGACUUGCCUGCUACUAUCCAGAAGUAGUAAUUGGUGAUAAAAAUGUUUCCUCAGUGAAAUGUAGUGCCUUGAUCAGUUGUAAAAUUAUUAAUCCAUGUAUCAGUUGCCUGGGCUUACUUUGAGCCAGAAAUAUAUUGGGAAAAGAUAAUUUAACUCCUUGACAUAGCAAUCAAACGACACCUACAAGAGUUAUAAGUGUAUUCUAAAGCCAGUCGCUUUGUAAUUUUUUUCAUCAAACUUGUUAUAUUUGAUUUCUUAGGAGUUUUUUUAACGAUAGCUUGAGGAGCAGUACUUAUUCUGUAGAAACUUUUUGUAAUUGUACUGCCUUUGGAACUUACUUUUUGUCAGUGGGAGAUGCAUGCGUCUUCUGUUUUUUGUUUUAUUUUUGACAGGAUAUUUGUGCUCAUCCCAAAGUUUUCAUUUUUUCAGGGAUGUUUGUUGACCGGCUGUCUUAAUGGUGGCUCCUGUGUGUAUGACAAAAAGGGACACCUGUUCUCAUGUUUGUGCAAAAUACCGUGGACGGGAAAAAAAAUGUGA